CUUACCACCAAAUCAAACAAAAAAAAAAGGGUUUAGGAAUUGAGCUAGGAGGGACUAUUGACCAGGGAGGGCUUUGCGUUUGACCAAGAGGAUUCUGGAAAUGAAAUGGCUUCUGAUGCCCCGCCAUAACAAAGCAGUACUUUCAUCUCUCUUUCGAUUCUCUUCCUUCUCCAUCUUCAGACCUUUCUCCAGUAAAAUUGAUGCAGCAGCAGAUGAUUGGAACCCUAAUUUUGUUCACCCUUCUGCUAUUGUACAUCCCAAUGCUAUCCUUGGUCAGGGUGUAUCAAUUGGGCCAUUUUGUACAGUUGGGUCAUCAGCAAAGUUGGGAAAUGCCUGUAAAUUGUAUCCUGGAAGUCAUGUUUUUGGACAUACUCAAAUGGGUGAUAAUUGCAUUCUUAUGACAGGUGCUGUUGUUGGUGAUGAGCUUCCUGGGAAGACUGUGAUUGGAUCAAACAACACAAUUGGACAUCAUGCUGUUGUGGGUGUAAAGUGCCAAGACUUGAAAUACAAGGAUGGGGAUGAAUGCUUUCUUCGUAUUGGUGACAAUAAUGAAAUUAGAGAAUACAGCUCUAUUCAUAGAUCUUCCAAUCCAAAUUAUCAAACGGUCAUUGGUCAUAGUAAUCUUAUUAUGGGAUCCUGCCAUGUUGCCCACGACUGCAAAAUUGGUAACAACAACAUUUUAGCAAACAGCUCAUUGUUGGCAGGUCAUGUAAUAGUGGAAGAUUACGUUCACACAGCCGGUGCCACUGUUGUCCAUCAGUAUUGCCGCCUUGGCUCAUUUUGCUUCAUUGGUGGUGGCUCUGUGGUUUCUCAAGAUGUUCCUAAAUUCAUGAUGGUUUCUGGUGAUAGAGCUGAACUACGCGGCUUAAACUUAGAAGGCCUGCGUCGUCGUGGGUUCUCAUCCACUGAGAUCAAGGGAUUGCGAGCAGCAUACAGGAAGAUUUUCAUGCCUAUGAGCUUCGAAUCUGGGAGCAUUGAAGACCGUCUUGAAGAUUUGGCGCAGCAUGAAGAACUAGGUCAAAUUCCUGUCAUAUGCUCCAUGAUACAAUCGAUACGUGAUUCCUUUUCUGACAAUCGUCGUGGAAUAUGUAAAUUCAGACAUUGGAAUGCAUCUUGAAUGUACUUAUGUCUAAAUAGUAAAUUGAUUGGUGAUGGAGAAAGUAGACAAGAAGGGAAAAGAGAGGCAGAAAGUGGAUUUUCUGUUGUGGUUACAUGAAAAUGACUUGAGCCAAUUACUGCAUCAAGCUGGUCACCAACUCUGUACUGUUGUCUGUACACAUACACAUUAAACAUGCGAAAAUUUGAAAAAAAAAAAGAUUUUUUAAUAACUUUAAUAAAAAAAUAAGUUUCGACAAAACUUUAUUCUCAAAAUAAGUGUCUUUGGCCCCAAAGCUAGGCGCGGUAUGUAUUCACUGUUACUAACAGCGAGUAUAAAGAAAUGGUUAAAAUUUUAGUCAAGCUAUAUGUCGCUGUUACUAACAACGAAAUAAGACUUUGACUGGUCAAUGGUCAAAUCGCUGUUAAUAACAGCAAUUUAGGCUUUUACUGAGGAAGAAAUUCUCUUAUUGUCGGUCAAAACAAUUAACAGCGAUUAUUAGUAUGAUGUUAACAACCAAUAAUUUCUGUAAACAUUUUGAUCUCCCUUCUGUUUCCUUCAACAAAACCCAAUUUUUUUUUUCACACAAAAAUCCCUCUUCUUCAUUUAUUUGUUAUAAAAGGUUUGAGCUUCCAUUAAAAGGUCCCAACUUUUGCUCUAUUAACACCUUCCUUAAUCUAUCUAAUCCCAGAAAAACCUUUAUAUUUAAAACCCAUUGCAUUUCUGAUUCCAAAUUAGCAUCAACUGAAGAGAAUUAAGCUGAUGAAGUUGAAGAAGAUGAAGCAUUUAAGUUGUUUGAGGUUAAAGUUUUGAUUUUUCAGUCUUUUUAAUUGUUUUUCCUAUAUACUGUUGAAUUCUAUUAAAAAAAAGUUGGCAUCUUGAUAAGAUAAUGUUGCCCCACAAAAUGAUAUUCUCAACUGCUUCAAGCUUGCUAAUUCAUUAAAAUUGUCGGUCAAAA